UCUUGGAAGGGGUUUUUUGUCUACACAAUCCAGCAACUUUCUAGCGCCCAGGGAAGGAUUCCUUUUCUUCCUCCCUUUACAAAGUUUUGUUCUUUCCUUUGAAUUGCUGGCCAGUGAUUUUCCUUAGCUUUUGCUCUGCCUGAUAUUAAAUACUUUAAAUUCCGGAGCUUAGAGAAGAACUCCCUGUGCAGACGAAAGUGGGGCAAGCUUGCAGAAAACCCCGCGAGUGCCCGGAUGUCUAUCAGAAUUCAUGUAAUCCCAAACUAAACUAGAGGCUUAGUUUAGGAAACUGGAGUCUCUGGGAACAGGUAGGAAAGUGCCUUUUUUUUUUUUUAAGUGAAUUUCGUGCAUAAGGGAGCUAGAAAGCCAACGUCCACUGACUCAGCCUCAACAAAUGCUGAAGGAAAUUUUGGCUGGAGGGGCAGCCAGAUGAAAGGGUUGAUGGACUGCAGACUUUUUUCUUUAUCAACUUAAUUAUGGCUUCCCCGUCAAGCUUGUUUAAUGAAGAUAGAAACUUACUUCGAAUUAGAGAGAAGGAGAGACGCAACCAGGAGGUUCACCAAGAGAAAAAGUUCUUCCCUGUGAAUACACCUCUCUUUGGAGAGCCCUACAAGACUAGCAAAGGAGAUGAGUUGUCCAGUAGAAUUCAAAAUACAUUGGGUAAUUAUGAAGAAGUCAAGGAGCUGAUCAGUACCAAAAACCAGAAUCUCUUUGGUAUCCCCGAAGAAAGUAGCCUCUCUUUAACCUCUCAAGGAAAAUCUAGGUGUUCUUUCUAUCCCGAGAAGACUGGUAGUAUCACACAUCCGCCAUUCUUCAGUAGUGUCCAUCACCAAGUUACUAAUUCUGCUUCUGGUCCUUCUAUUUAUAUCCCUACUCACUGUCCAAAAGCCACACAGGCAAGAAUGGAACCAGCCAUGAGCUUACAUGCCAGAAGUGACAGCAUAUCUAGCAACCAGCACCAAGGGAAAUAUUACAAUGGUCAGGAUCGUCAUCAUAGGAGUCAGAACAAAAAAGAUGAGCUCCUCCGGCCUGAUGGCACAUCUUGUGUUGAGCUUUCAGACUCAGCCCUGGAGAUGGAUAAUUCUCUCUUGUCAUCUACUUUGUCUUCUUCAGUUGCACCAUUGGCAUCCCACCAUUCCAACCAACCAACUGGAUCCAGGAUGCUGGGAAGCAGCAAGGGGAGCAGUAAGGGCUGUGCCCAAGCUAAAUCUCCCUCGCACCUAGCACUAGAGCCCAAAGAAGAAGAGACACCACAAUACAGUUUGGCUCCAGUCACCGGCUUAGGGAUGGUCAACUCCCAGCCUUCUUCUCAAUCGUUUCCCCCUCCCUCCCUGCCCUCAAAAACCACAGCGAUGCAGCAGAAGCCUACGGCAUAUGUUCGGCCCAUGGAUGGUCAGGAUCAGGCGCCCAGUGAGUCACCUGAACUGAAACCACUGCCUGACGACUACCAUGGACAUUCCUAUGAGAAAAUACCAGAUUUCAAAGUGACUGCCAAAGCCAAACUUUCUAAGUUGAAAAUGCCUCCACAGUCCACCGAGCAGGCUUUCCCAAAUGAAGUACACUGUGUUGAAGAAAUUUUGAAGGAAAUGACCCAUUCAUGGCCUCCACCCUUAACAGCAAUCCAUACACCCAAUACAGCUGAAUCUUCAAAAUUCCCUUUCCCAACAAAGGAAUUUCAGCACCUUGAAUCUGUAUUACAGAACCACAAACAGCAUGGUUCAUCUUCAAAACCCUGCUCUAAUUCUCAGCAAGGAACAUCGAUGUUAGAAGAUGACCUUCAGAUCAGUGACAGUGACGACAGUGGUGAUGAGCAAGUCUCUGAAAAGCCCCCUCCUUCAUCUGCUCCUGCAAGCGUUCCACAAUCCCUUGCAGACAGUGUGGUUUCGGCACAUUCCAGCAAUACAGAGUCAGAGAGCACCAGUGACUCUGACAGCUCCUCAGACUCUGAGAGUGAGAGCAGUUCCAGUGGGAGUGAGGAGAAUGAGCCUCUAGAACCCGUGCCUGCUGAGCCUGACCCACCUAUAGCAAAUAAAUGGCAACUGGACAACUGGCUCACCAAAGUGACUCAACCCACUGUAUCAUCAGAGAGCCUCAGUGAAACAGGACUCCAGCAUCACCACCAGGAGGCCAAGGGAAAAGGCAGCAGUAGCACCAGUGGUCAUGAGCAUUCUGUCUCCAGUAGUGAUCCCCAUCCCUCUAAUUCUAGUCACCCAUCCAGAACUGCUUCUGAAGCUACCCAUCCUAGCAAGAGAAACUACCCAAAGUCUGGUAUUCAGCAAGGCAUUGAUGGUUCCCCACACUGGCAGACAGUUGGUUCAAAACAACCCAAAAAGCCUAUGAAAGCAUCAAUUCAGGACAAUUUUCAGGGUGACUUGAGGGUGGAAAGUGAGCCAAUCCUUCCACAUGGGUCAAAAGACCAAUCUUCCAAAGAUAAACCUAAAGUCAAAACGAAAGGGAGGCCUCGGUCUUGUGGAGACAGGCAAGAAAAGUGCAAGUCUCUCUCAGUGCCCUGUGAAAAGAAGCACAAAAAUUCUCACUCAGUGCCUACGAAAACACUCUUGGACCCUGAAUCCACCAAGAACAAUACGGACGAGCAGAGUCUGGAACAUUUCCCUGCCAGCUCUCUGAUUCAGAACCAGGGCGUCCCCCACAGCAGCAGCAGCAGCAACAACAGCAGGAGUGGAGGUUACAAAUCAUCUCUGAUGGUUCAGGAGGAACUUGUUGGGAAUAAAGUCCUAUUGCCUUCCAGAGAAACAAAGUCACUCAGGGAUACCCCACUCCUGCAAAGCCUCGUGGUGAAAAUAGACCUCGCCUUACUCUCCCAAGUCCCCAAGCCAUCUGGGAAGGGGUCCCAGCCAAAGAAAAUGGAACACAAACUACUCAUGGGGAAUAAGCAGGAGUCAGAGAGUAGAAAUACAGAGAAAGCAAAUAAAUCGAUUACAAAAAGAAAGGGAGAUGCAGAAAGAGACCUUGAUAGCAAGAAAAUCAAACUGGAGAAAGAUGCCAAAUUCUGGACAUCAUCUUCUGCUCACAAAGACUCUAAUAAAACUAGAUUGUCGAAGUCCUCCUCAGACUUCCUGAAAAAGGAACUACCACCACCACCACCAUCUGCAUCUCCUUCCCACAAGGCAGCCAAGAAUGUACAUAAAAGACCAAGGAAUGAAAGCUACUCCUCUGUUCAGGGGCACUCCAAAAGUACUAGCACCACUAAAGAUAGCCAUAAAGAUUCCUCUUCUUCCAAACAUAAGAAAAUGGAAGGAAAGUCUUCUGGAAAUUCUACCUGUAAUAAAGCAUCUCCAGGUGAUCUGUUUCCUGUGCCUUCUUUGCCAAAUGGUAACUCCAAGCUGAUGAAGCAUCAAGUCAAGUUUGAAAAACAAGCUGCUGAUUUUCAUAUGAAAGAAGCCAAAAGAUUGAAGCAAAAGGCAGAGUCAAUGUCAGACAAGGUUGGGAAAGCAUUUAAGUACUUGGAUGCUGUCUUAUCCUACAUUGAAUGUGGAAUUGCUUUAGAGUCUGAAACUCCAACACCCAAGUCAGUUUACUCCACGUUUUCAGAGACUGUAGAUUUCAUUAAAUUCAUACUGACAUUAAAAUACUUUCCAGAUUCCCCAACACAAGAAAAAAUUUUCAUUGUUUUAUGUUUGCGUUGUCAAUCCAUUCUUUACAUGGCAAUGUUUCGUUGUAAGAAAGACACUGCAAUAAAGUAUUCUCGGACCCUUAAUGAACAUUUUAAGAGUUCAUCCAGAUUAAUUCAGGCAGCUUCUUCAGGUGGCUCAAGAAAUACAAGCACACCAUCGCCUCUGUCUCCCAUGACUUCUGCAAGCUCUGGAUUUGUCCAACCAGGAUCCAGUGCUAGUAGUACAGGGAAUGGUGGCGUCAGCUCAACUGUCAGCACCCCCAUCGUCAUCCAAAACAUGACGUCUUCCUAUGUCACCAUCACUUCCCAUAUCCUUAAUGCAUAUGAUCUUUGGGAACAGGCUGAUAUGCUGGCAAGGAAGAACACAGAGUUCUUCACGGAGCUCAGCACCAGUGUGUGCACCCUGGCUUUGAACAGCAGUCUGAUGGAGCUGGUACUCUACACCAGACAAGCCUUACAGCAGCUGCGUCAGGUGGCGAAAAUGCUCUGACCAGUGCCCGGUCGUGGACCAUCUUGCUGCACUUUGGAAGCCUCAGAGAGAGACUGAUCCGGAGCUGCUUUGGGUUCCUCAACUCAAAAACAGAAAUAUAAUAGAAUGGGAGGGAACGUGGCCCCACUUCCAAAUCCCAAAACUGUGCCCAUAUCCUUUGCGCGGGGCCAUCGGAGUAUAUUAAAGAAGGAGCCACAGCGUUGGUGAUUUUCUUAACCAAAGGACAGAAGUGCAAUGUGUAGCCUUCAGCUGGUUGUGUGUCAGUGGUCUGUAAACAUUUCUCUGACUUUAUAACAAGCAAGAAAAAAAUUACAAUUUGAAAACAAGACUCAGAAGAAGCAAUUCUAGCUUUGAAAAUAGAAUCAUAUCAUCUCAAAAGCUUCCAUAACCCAUUCUGCUACUUGUAACACAAAGAAUUUUUUCCAUGUUUUCUUUUUUUAAUGGUUUUUGGUAUAGUGUUUGGGAUGUCAUAUGUCCCUUUCUUUUUAAAUUUAAUUUAUUUUUUUAAUUGUGAAGAGCAGAGGGGAGAUAUUGGUUCCAAUUGCUUUACAUUGGAAUAGCUUGUGAAAGAUUCUAGGGGAUUAGUGUUUACCCUAUGAAUUAUGGCUUUGAUAAAAUCAAGCAUUUUAGGAGUUCACACACAUUUAGUCAUCAUCUCCUGAACUGCAAGUUCACUUCGUAAAUAUUAUUCCUUUGGUUUCUCCAUUCCUUAGAGACAACCAAAGGGAGUUACUCUGAGUCAAGGGCUGUAGAAAAGAAUAGAGACUGAGUUUCUUAAGGUACAUCUUGAUAUCUCCAUUACCUAUAAGAGUAACUAGUCCACAGUAACUCUAUUCUGCAUUUCCCAUCUUGGUGAAAAGGGAACCAGCAUUUUUUUCUGCCAGUGCAGCUUAUGGGUUAUUCUUUCAAAUAGAAGGCUAUUUUACUAUAGAGAAAGAUAACACCUGCCCAGAAAAUCAAAACUAUCAAGGAAAAAUGAAAUUUAUUUUUUAAUAGCAUUGUUUUGGUCACAGAUAAUUUUAUUAUAUAGAUACCUUCAUAUUAGACAGUUUUUUUUUUCUAGAGGAAAAUUACUUUCAAGUAGCUCAGGGGCAACUUCUUUCCUAUUUCUUGUCUUCCUGAUAGGAUACAAAAUCAUUGAGAGGGGGGGAAUUCUUACUUUGUAACAAAUUUUCCUCCAUAUCUUAGCUAUGUGGCCACUUGAGUUGAUCAGAAUUGAUUACACUAAUAUAAUUUAAUGUUUCAUCCCCACCUACCCACCCACCCAAUUCCUUGCCAUAAUGAUACACAUCUGUUGAUUUUUAAAACCUUAGAAUGCACAGACUUGGGCAAAGUCCUCAUAUUGUUGAACAAGCAUAGCUUGUAUCAAAAUUGAUUUUUCUGUUUCCUACCAUACAUCAACAAACUGAAAUACUUUUUUAACUACAAUGUAUUUAGAAGCUAAUCAUUGCCCAGCAACAUUUCCCUCUUUUGCCUUCUCUGAUUUCACCCCGUACCAUAUCUCCUAUGUCCUACAUGAAUUUUUUAAUUUUCUUCUUGAUUUCCGUUGAAGUUAAUGAGCCCCCAAAUCACCAACAGAUACUAAAAGCAUCCUGGAUAAUUGGUUGCAUAGGCUGCAAAUGUUAGAGACAACCAAAGGCAAAUUUCCAUAUGUGACCAUAUCCUUUCAGAAUGCCCCAAUUCUAUUCUUUCUCCUAUUUUCUUGAGUUAAAAUUCCCAGAAGGGAAAAAAGCGUGUCAGAGUAUCCCAGCUUCAGGAAUAAGUUAUAUAUUUUGGGGCAAAACCAAAUCAAAACUCAAUCCAUUGCUAAAUAAGCAAUAAUUCUCGUGUCAGGUUAGUACGUUUGUCCCAUCGAGUGUAUUCCCUCUUUUCACGUGUCAUGAGGAGCAGCGGCACAUCUUGCUGGCCCUGUGGGAUCAUCUGGAUCUACCCUGCCUCCAGGAGGCAAAGGAGAAAAAUAGAGCUUUAGAGGUUUGUUCUUCCUAACUGGUUCUGAUCUAUGCACAUUGGGUCAAGGGGUGGGAGCUCUUAGGGAGCUCCUUUUAGAAGUCAUUUACUUUACAGGGUGUGAAGGAGCUGGUUUGAUUCUUUUUUCAGUGGCCUUGCACUUUUAGGGGGGUGGGAGGGUUUUUUUAUGUUGAAAAUUCAGUUGUUCUUUGGAAGGAUGAUAAAUUUGCAUAGUUCUAUGUGCACAGUUGUGAGCAUUGUAUGAGUCAGGUUCUUAUUGCAACAUGCACUGCACCUAUGAUAUGAUUCCUCAUGGAUACCUUUUUAUUUAGUAUAUAAAUAGAGUGGCUGCUGAAUCCUCUUCAUUAAUAUUCAUGAAGUCUUUUGCUGUUACCAUUGUAUAUAGGAAUUUAAAGGAUGAUUUAAAAAUCAGAUGCACUUUUUUCAUUGCAUGCUUUAAAUCCCAAAGGCAAAAUUUAUUAAGCAGACAAUUAAAAGACUAGUUUAUAAAAGUAAACCUUUCAAUUAUGUGAAAUUCUCAUACACAUAAGAAGCAAGCAGUAGACUCUUGACAGUGAGAUAGAUUUUUAAGAGUUUUCCAAGAGAAAAAGAAAACACAGUAAAAAAUCUUUUCCUUUGGUACUUUAGUUUUGCCGGUAUAUCUUUGUUACUCGUUUUUCUUUUUGUCAGAAGAAGGAGGAAUAUUUUACUUGGAAAAGGAACUUUUUAUUUUUCUGCCCUUCUAGAGAUAAUUUAAAAUGUGAAUGAGUUUGAUACUUUAACUUAAGAAACCUGUUCAACAACAAAAUCUACUUUAUAAAAUAUAUACCCAGUUCUACUGGAAAGAUUAUAAUCUGGGGUGGAAAUUUUUAUAUAUACACACAUGUGUCCCCAGGACUCGAAAUGAGCAAGAGAGUAGGGAGCCAUGGGGACUGAAUAAGUAAGCAUUUGAUUACAUUUUUACAAUCAUUGGUUUGUUUAGAUUUUUUUUUUUGCCCCCAUGAUAUUCAGCCUGGACAAUGGUUGGUAUUAGGAGUGGAAAUAUGUUAAUUUUGCUGAUCUUUGAAAUCUUGUAAUGUUUAAUCAGUUUUUCUCAUACAUAGGAACAUAAUUCCAGGCCCCCUCUAGGGCAUGGAUGUCAAACUGACAGCUUGAAACUGAUUAAAAUACAAUUGGGAAAUGUUUUCUUGAGAAUGAUAAUGUUCAUUUGUGAUUUUCUAGGGAAAUAGUGACCAGCAGGGAUGUUUCUUUUUGAGUUUCAUGCCACUGCUCUGUGGUAUUUAGUGAUUUCAUAUAGGUUUCCUAUUCACCAAUAUGCAUUUAUUAUUAUGAUUAAAUGUUAAUUUAAAAAAAUAAAUCAGAUCAUUUUCCCCCUAAAGAAUGAAGAAAGGUUAUAUCUCUGACAGAUAAGGCUAUGUGUCAGGGGAAAAGUGGGUCCAAUGAAAUUGGCCUGAUUUUUAUAAUGAAGGGUUUUCCUUAAGAGUUCGUUUUUGUUUUUGUGUUUGUCUUUUUUUUUCCUGAGAAUUUCCCCCACUUAGUGGAUAUAUUUAUUGAGCCUUUAUUGACCAAACAAUUUUAAAAUAGUAUAUUAUUUAUUUUAAGUUUGUGUACUUUGGGACCUCUCUCCAUAAAUCCAAUAUUUCUGUAAGUCUAGGCAUUAAUAAAUAUAAGUUGAAAUCUUAGGUUAAUGAGAGUAAAUAUAAAUCUUGAUGUUCUGUUUUCACUUUUCCUCCCUUUCUCCUCUUCUCAGAAAGUUCCUUAUUCCAGACACUACAUGACCUCCUUGGAAAAGUUUGCCUUAUUAUCUAUCAUACUAUUAAAAGCCUCUUCCACUUUAUAUUAGCAAUAUUUAGAGCCUUGCAAGAAUAACUAUUUCUUUUGUUUAAUCAUUAGUUUUCUUAUUGGGAAAUAAAAUCAUCUGGAAAAGAAUUACACAACAAUUUAGAUUGUGGUAUAAGGCUCUGUCCCAGUGUAAGUAUUUCUUCCUCCAAGUGAUUUUCCUCUGAUUCUCCCUAACAUGUUACUUCCUUUUGCUCUUCCCUUUAUUGUAGGUGGAAGUUGAAAGUUCCUUCCCUACCCCGAGUUGUGUUUUUGAUUAGUUUUGUAGGAGUGGGGUGAGUAGAAUGGGAAUGGGACAUUUGGUAGUUGAUCUCCGAAAGCUUCCAGUGGCUUUUUGGUCACCACGCCACAAACACACAAACCAUUGUAAGAGUACUUUCUCUUUGUUGUAUUUAUCAAUGAAUUUUUUACACUGGCAACAUUUUUAGUUUCUUUAUAACUAGAAGACAGGCACUGCCUAUCACUUUUCUAAAAAUGUAUUCUUGCAAUACUGGUGGUUUCUCUUGGGUCUCCACAGGGAAUUUUGCCCCAUUGUGAGCUGUCAACAGGUAAUUAAUUAGUCAUACUGAGAAAUGUCUAUACAAGGGAACUGAAAAGUAUUGGUUUUAGUUCCCUUCUCUUUGAGCAUGGGGGUGGAGGGAUGGGAGGGAGCAAGACUUCACACAACUGCUAUUUAAGCCACAUUUGUUAGAUUGCAGGCCUUUUAUGAUGAGGCCUGGUGGUGGCUGACCUAAACAAAUGAAAUUUAUUUUGCUUAAAAGUUUGCUUUUAAGUGAUAAACACAGGCAGUAUUAACUUUGCCAAUUGUCCAGGCCAUUAAGACGUAUUGAUUUAAAUUUUUAAAAAAUUAAUGCAUGUCCCCUUCAAUUAAGUACCUACUACCAAUAUUUUUUAUCUUUAUUUUUAAAAUUUUUUGAACAUGAUCAUGUUUUUGAUAUUUGAAGCAAGUUUGUCUUUAUUUAUUGUCAUUAUAUAUCAUGCUUUUUUGACAUCUUCUUUGGUUACCAUAGCAAUAAAUCAAAUAUUGGUAUUAUCCUAUGAAGAGGUUUAUUUUUAAAUGAAUUAAUUUCCAUUUGAUGAAUGGGUAAUCACUGGUCUCUUGAAAUAAUACAUAUUUUCAUUUAAUCUUUAUUGUCAAAAAAAGUGUCAGCAAUCUGUUCAGCAGUAAUGAUUUUGUAUGCAGAGUAUGUAUUUAUGUAGUGAUUUCAAGGGGGAGAUGUGCAAAGAAAAAUUAACAGAAAUCAAUGUACUUUAUUUUCUUUAGUGAUAAGAUUGCCUUCUAGAAUUUCUGUUCCUAUGAUUUAGCUGCCAUAUAUUGUCCUGCAAAGGGACACCAGAACUGUGAGGAAAUUUUAGUUUAUCUUUUAUGGAAGAAAAAGUUUGUGGAAGAGAAUUCCAAAGAUGGCAUGCCAUGUAUCUUUUGCUCAUAAUUGCAGUUUUCAGAAAUUUUGAAUUUACAUGUUAUUUUUAAAUUCUUUUUCUUUUUACAAGAGGAUUGUUAUAAAAUAAAAGUUUAGAAAAACACUUAA